GUCGAAUAAAGCAUUUCGUCAGAAGGAAUCAUGAAAUUUGGGUGAUGAUAUUUUUGGGGCUGAAGAAUAAGAAAAUGAAUAGAGAACGGGUGUAAUGGGAUAAAAUUUGUGAAGAGAGCGACAACUUUUGAGGUUAUGGCAGUUGUAUCCUCCCAUUAGCCAUCAUCUUUAAGUGAAGGGCUCCAUUUUCCUUCAAAAAUCUGCAUCUCCAUCCUGAGUAGCUUGUUCUAGUCUGUUUAAGAUCGAUGAUGGCCAGUUAUUCACAGCUGCAAAGCACAGGAAUGCUAUCAAGGGAACAAUUGCUUAUUCUUUUCGAUCGCUUUUCUCAACUCACUUCUCAGCCUGAUGUGAAGAAAAGAAUUGCCGAUGCUGUGAAUGAUAAACAGGAAGCUGUUGCUGUGACCACUGCAAUUCAGGAAGCCAUAUUUUUGGAGAUGAGGAUAGAUCCAAGUUUUGGUAUUUCAUGCCUUGGGAAAGUGAACAAGGUUUAUGAGAAUGAUCAAGAUUUGAUGGUUCGCUUUUAUAAAUUUGUUGCAAAUGAAGAGAUGGCCUGUGAUGAAGCUGAGCUUGGACCCGAUGAGUUCAGUGAAAAAAUGCAGAAUCAACAGAAGUUACAGGAACAGCAACUGGAGAUGCUAAAGCACAUGCGCAAAUUUCACCUGGAUGACCAAUCUGCAAUUCUUGAAAAGUUGCAGCAGCAGAUGCAAAAUGCCAGUUUUGUGGGUGAGGCAUCAGUCAUGUCACCAGAACAAAUUCAGGAUAUUGUUCGAAGGAGAGUAUCACCUUUAUUUACACCAAGGUAGAUUAGAACUUGUUUAUCUUAUCAAUUAGUCUUAUUUCAAUUUGGUCUGCGACACUCUGUAUUUUCUUCAUGUAAACCAUUGUUUGUCGCAGCAAAUGCUUGCCAUCUAGAAUGGAACUUCUCUGCUUCGAGUUUUCUCAUUUUGUUAUGUUGCUUUAUUUCUUAUAUGAUAAAGAUUGAUAAUGAGUGUUUUUUUGGUUAAA